AAGUCACACAUUCAAUCUCAUAAACUUGUGAUUUAUUUCAUGGCCUUUUUUGCAAAGCCAAGGUCAUCAGCGCGUCUGGGAUGUCGACGGAGGCUGUUUCUCAGAUCUUUUAGUUCUGAACAUGCGAGAGAUAAUGACAUCGUGAUAGUAGGAGGCGGGCCAGCAGGAUUGGCUUUGGCAGCUGCCCUUGCUGCGAACCCUAUCGCCAAGAAUUCACUCAAAAUCACGCUAAUAGAAGGGGGGGACUUGUCCAAAAUACAGGAUUGGGGCAUGCCGCCCAACGCGUACUCAAACCGCGUCAGUUCCAUCACACACACGUCUCAACAUUUCUUGAACAGGAUUGGAAUUUGGGACUACGUCGAACAUGCACGCACGAAUCCUAUUCACCAGAUGCAGGUGUGGGACGGUGUUUCCGGCGCUCGCAUCAACUUUGACGCAUCUGUAAUACCGGAGUCGAGUGAAAUGGCUCGAAUGACCGAAAACCUGAACCUCCAACGCGCACUGCUAAGAAAGCUUUCGGAUACCCCGAGUGUCCAGGUAAUUCACAGCGUCAAAGUCGAAUCGAUACAACGCGAGACAGGUGAUCACAAUGACUGGCCUCUCGUUCAUCUUUCCAAUGGCGUCACCCUACGCGCAAGGCUGCUGGUCGGCGCCGACGGGUUCAACUCCCCGGUAAGGUCGUUCGCUGGGAUCUCAUCAUAUGGAUGGUCAUAUGACACGCAAGCGGUUGUCGCAACACUAAAUCACGCGCCGCGAGGACCAUUCCAAGUACCCAACAACACAGCUUACCAGAGAUUCCUCCCGACGGGUCCGAUUGCAUUCCUGCCGCUCUCUCCUUGCACCUCUUCGCUUGUAUGGUCGACCAAACCUCAUUUGGCAGCAGCGCUGAACAAAUCAUCUCCAGGAGUUUUGGAACAAUUAAUCAAUGCCGCUUUCCGCCUCCCCGAGCCAUCUCUCCAGUAUAUCUACAGACGACUGCUUGAAGGCGCUAAGUCAAGCGAGGAGAUAAAUGAAGAAAUCGUGUUCAGGGAACGCUCGGACGGCAUUUCAAGUCACUCUGCGUAUGCAUCUGCCACUUCAAUGCUUUCAGAUGGUGGUAUUCCCCCGGAUGAUGCGGAUGCGCUUCCUCCCCUCGUGACAUCAAUUCAGCAGGGCACCAUAGCAAGUUUUCCGCUUCGCUACAACCAUGCUGAAUCCUAUAUUGGGGAGGGCGCAGGAAGCCGCACAGUCUUAGUCGGUGAUGCUGCACACACCGUCCAUCCACUAGCAGGACAAGGUUUAAACCUGGGCCUGGGAGACGUCGACGCUCUAUCAAGGUGCAUCAUACAAGCUCUGAGACACGGAGGAGACAUCGGCUCGUAUACGGCUCUGAUACCCUACGCGCGGGAACGCUAUUUUGAGAACCACAAGGUGAUGUCAACGGUCGACAAGCUGCACAAGGUCUACUCUUCUACAGCGCAGCCGGUGGUGUGGGCGCGAUCUGUGGGACUUGAAGUGAUUAACGAGCUUGACUCAGUGAAAGCCGCGUUGAUGAUGAAUGCUGGAGCGAGCUCUCGGUUGCAAAAUGCAAGCGGAUGGGACUUAUUUGCCAAGAGCAUCGAGAGUCUAGCAGGGGCCGCUAGUACUUCAAAAAUGGUCAGCGGGAUGAUUGGCGCAGGAAUACAGGAGUUGGCCAAGAACGCUGGCCAAAGAAUUUUUGGACGCCCUUGAACGCGUUUACAUAGAUGUCCUUGUUUUUUUCUUCAGAUAAUUAGAGUCGUUCCGCGCCUCGUGUUCAUAUUUACCCUCGAGUUCUGAAGUACACUGCACUAUCUGAC